GACAAAUUUCUCUAUUCAUCUAUGUGUUGUUAGUGGUUUUAUGGAAAGUACAUCACAAAUGAAAAUGUCAUAUCUUUUGGUUUAUAAAUUCAACUUACAAGACUCUCAGUUAAAAGUAGUAGAGCAAAAUAAUUUAUAUUCCAGUUUCUUCAUUAAAAACAACUGAAACCAACAAAUUAUUUUUAAAAGAUUAAAAGUAAAAUGAGCAGAACAUACAAUGCAAAUGUGAACAGAAAAUAUCACUAAAGUAUUAAAUGACACGGGGCCACUUAAUAAUCAUAUGGAGUAUAAUCCACAAUCAAAAUAUAAUCAUUGUGAAUCUUACUAUAUCAAGUAACAAGCUAUCAAAACAAAAAUGGAAAAAAGCAGAUGUAAUAAUGGAGACUCAUAUCUCUCAACACAUGGCAUAUAAGUAUGAAGUCAGAUCAUCGAAGCUCUUAAUAAGGUAAAAUUCAAUAAAUAUGUCAAACUCUGUACCAUAAUUUCUUAUCAAGUGCUCAUGAAACAUAAAAAUUGUAUAAUUUCAUUCAAAACCAUAUUUGCAGUAUAUUUAAAAAUGGUAAUGAAAUGUGUAAAGUUUUGCUAAAAGGAAAAUCCACUGCCUUAGGUAGUUAUGAAGUAAAUGAAAGUAAAUCAGUUAAGCAUUAAACUGAAGUGAGAAAAAAAACUAUAAAAUAGUUAAGAAAUGAUGUAAUUAUUAAGAAUGUAGGCAGGAAAUAAUAAAUUAGAAAACAAAAAAAUAGAACUGUUAAAUCCAAGAAUUAGUUCUUUGAAGAAAAAGAUUAAACAAUGGGAGAAAACUUCUACAGACAGAAUUAGCAGUCAGGUUGGGAAUGACAACUGAUGCAGAGAAAAUUAAAACAAUUAUAAAAGUGUUCUUUGUUCAUCUCUGCAAAAAAAUUUUUCAAAAACCUGGAUGAUUAUAAAAAAACAAAUAUCCUAAAUGACUCCAAAGGAGAUAGAAAAAAUAUAUAUACAUGGGCUAAUUACAAAGGGAGAAAUUAAGAAAGUUGAAGAAUACCCCUGAAAGUUUCAUGAGUGGAAUUCUUUCAAAUCUUAAAGGAGAUGAUUUUUCUUUCAAAUUCCAACUUAGUGUUAACUUUCCAGAUGUCACAGAAAAGGAAACUAAGAUUUUUGUUAAAGGCAGUGUAAUGCAGAUAUAACAUCUCUUAAAGCACCAGAAACCUCUACAGACACGUGGUGUAUUGAAACAAAGCAAGGAUGGUUCAAUAUUAGGAAAGUUGUUUGAAUGUGGUAAACAUUAACCAUUAGGGGGGAAAAAAUCCUCAUCUCAGCAGGUAUUCAAGCAGGUAUUUAACAAAAUUCAACAUCCCUCAAUGGCUAAAAAACAAAAAUUGGUAAAAGUAGAAAUAACUAAAUACUCUCUAAUGCUAUAACACUGAGAAGCAUUCUUAUUAAAGGACAAGACAAUCCUACUAUCAACUAUCACUGAUACUAUUAAAUGGUCUGUAAACCGGUCAGUGCAUUUAAAUAAGAGGGAACAAAGCAUAAAUAUUAGAAAGGAGGCCUCUUUUUUUUUUCAGAUAUUGUUAUACAUCUUGGGGAGGGGGCACAACAAAAUCAACGGAAAUGAAAUGUAGAAAAAUUCAGUAAAGAGCCUGGUUACUGAAUUAAUAUUCAAAAAGCCUGGUGGGUGAGCACCGAGUGAAGAGUCAUGAGUGCUAGUGCGUGCAUGAGUGCGUGGCGCUGAGCAUGGGCACGCACUUGCGUGAGUGCGUGGGGCUGAGCAUAGGCAUGCACUUACUGGGAUGCUGGAGAACGCAUGCGCCAGGUGCCCGGGUGCCCAGAAGUUGGGCAGCGCAUGCGUCGGGUGUGCCCAGAAUCCCAGAAGCCCAUGCAUCAGGCGUGCCCAGAAGCCACCGCGGUUUCCGCAUUUUUCACCUCAACCGCCUGCGAGGUUCUCCGACACUCGCGCCUUUUUUCAGAGCUCGCGCGUUCGUCUCGAACUCGAGCUUCUCUCUCGGUUUUUUGCCCUGCGGCCUUCCACUCACCCGCCCGCUGCCCAGAAGCCAUGGCCUCAAACGACGCCAUCUACAUCUCCACAGAAAACUCGGAGAUGGCUACAGAGAUUGUGCAGCUGCACCAGAUCCAUGUGGAGACUGUUCCUGUGGAGACUUUGGCGUUAGAAACUAUUCAGUACGAGGAUCUCAGUGGCAAUUGGGUUCACGGUGGCCACCACUAUCCACCUCUGAUUGCGGUGCAGCCACUCGUUAACUCAAACGAAGGGGACCCGGAAAUGAUCAUGGUGCAGACACGGGAGGAAGUCGUGGGCUACUACGAGUCAGACAGCCUGCAGACUAAAGAAGACCAGAUGGUCGUCCCGCUCGACGAAGACCACUACUUCCAGCAGACUCUGGCUUCCCUGACAGCCUCCGCAUCGUCAUCGACCUACAGGCAUGCCAGGAAACGCCGAAACCGCAGCAGAAACGCCGGCGGUAAGAAAAGUUACUCCAGCACUGUGGGCGGCGGGGCGGUAAGCAGCAGCAGCUCUGAGGCGGGCAGCAAGAAGUGGGAGCAGAAGCAGGUGCAGGUCAAAACCCUGGAGGGUGAGUUCUCUGUCACCAUGUGGUCCCCAAACAGUAAAAGUGACCAUGAGGCAGAGGAACAGGUUGAGGUGAACCCAACUCCUGAUUAUUCAGAGUACAUGAAAGGAAAGAAACUUCCUCCUGAAGGAAUACCUGGCAUCGACCUCUCAGAUCCCAAACAGCUGGCAGAAUUUGCUAGAAUUAAGCAAAGGAAAACCAAAGAAGAGGUUCCAAGAACUGUAGCUUGUCCUCAUACAGGCUGUGUGAAGAUGUUCAGGGAUAACUCUGCUAUGAGAAAACAUCUGCACACCCACGGCCCCAGAGUCCACGUGUGUGCAGAAUGCGGCAAAGCUUUUGUUGAGAGCUCAAAGCUAAAACGGCAUCAGCUGGUGCAUACGGGAGAGAAGCCCUUUCAGUGCUCAUUUGAAGGCUGCGGAAAACGCUUUUCCCUGGAUUUCAAUCUGCGUACACAUGUGCGAAUCCAUACCGGCGACAGGCCCUACGUGUGCCCCUUCGAUAGUUGUGAUAGGAUGUUUGCUCAGUCAACUAACCUGAAAUCUCAUAUCUUAACGCAUGCUAAGAACAAAAGUAGCCAGUAAAAAGGAAAGAAGACUCUUCUCAAACUAGGGAAGGAUCUUCCAGGAGUGUAAUUGGAAAUAAAUAUGCCUCUCUCUUGUGUAUAGUUUCUAGAAAAGAAUUUUUUUGAUUCUUGCGUACCUAAGGGUCAUGUUUUGAUAGAUUAGUGAAAAUAAAGUUAACAAGUGGAAAAAAAAGGUUAAAAAUAUAAAUGUAAUAAGAUUACAUUGUUAAGAUGUUUUAUCUUGUUCUAGAAUACAAAAUCAUUUUGAAAAACAUGAUUUUGUAAAGUUUGAUCCCAACAGGAGGAUAAUUCAUGGACCUCACAUCAAAAGACUGUUCUUUAUAAAACUGCUGAAGAUGGGACUUUUCAUAUUCAAGUUAACCUAUUGCUUACAAGUUUAGAAAGUUCUGUAUUUUCCAAAUGUUCAUAUUUAUACUUUUAAGAAUAUGGUUAAGAAUAUGGUUACUAAUUCUAUUUGUGGUUUUUCUGGAGGUUGAUAACUUUGCAAGAUUUUCUUUAAAAGAAUGAACAAUUACAUGCAUAAAGUAUUUUC